UACAGUUCAAGUACCCAUUUAGCCGGUUUGGACUCUGAAUAUUGGAUAAUGGAUACCCACUUUCACAACCACACAAUCGAAGAACCCUAAACCUAAUCCCUAAUUCAUCUCCGAUCCUCUUCCAUUUCUCCCUGCAUUUCCAUCACAAAAUCCGAUUCAUUACUCGUAAUUUCACUCGGAUCACUCUAACAUCAACGAUCGCUCUGUUUCGUUUUGUGCGAUUUCAAAAAUCUCAGGUUUUCGCGAUUUUAUUCAUGCAUAAUACUAAGUUUGAUUUACUCAAGCGAGGUUAAAGACUUCAACAAGGAUUUUUUUCAGCUGCUUAGUUUGGUAUUUGAUUCCACUGACGCUUUUAAAGUCACUGUCUUCAGAAACACUGUGAAUAUGGGUGAUUGUGAUGACAUGUUAGCCUCGGAGACAGCAGAACACAUGGUUUCUAUCCAUCCACUUGCUAUCUCUCCACCUCUCUCUAAGCCGCGUAGGAAUCGAUCUGAAGCUUGGAAUCACUUUACAAUAGAGUCAGAAACAACGAAGAAAGCUAAAUGCAAUUACUGUGGCUCCUUGAUCAAGUAUGAUAAAGGAACUAGUGCCAUGAGGGCUCAUUAUACGAGAUGCAAGGAUAAGGAUGAACCCAAGAACGAUGUUAACAAGAGGCAAAAGUCAGUUUCGUCCUCAACGGAAAAUGUGGAGGGAAAUAUUUGUACUUCUCCUUUGACACCCGUGUUUGACCAAGAGGGAAUCCAAAAUGUAGUGGUGAAGAUGUUCAUAGAUAUGGAUAUUCCUCUUGAGCGCGUGGAGCAUGCAGGUUUUCACAAUUUUAUGAGCGUUGUGCUACCGAGAUUUAAGGUCCCCUCAAGCAUUGAAUUAGCUCAUGAUGUUUUGAGACUGUGGGGUACAGAAAAAACAAGGUUGAAGAAGUUUCUUUCUCAACACUGUCAACGAGUCUGCCUCACUGUUGACACAUGGACUUCUGCUGAAAGCUUUUGUUACAUGUGUUUGACAGCGCAUUUCAUCGACAAUGACUGGAAGAUGCACAAGAAGGUUUUAAAUUUUUCUCAAGUCACAAGCCACUCACAAGUGGUUAUGGCUAAGAUAGUGGAGCAGUGCUUGAAUGAAUGGGAGGUAAAUUGUGUGCUUAGUUUAACGAACGACAUUGUCUCACUUAAUGAUGGUGAGACUCCACAUCUGAAAGACCAGCUUGUGUCUCAGAAUAGUUUAGUUCUGAAUGGAGACUACAGUCAUAUGCAUUGUUGUGCAUAUUUUUUGAAUUUGAUCGUGAAAGAAUGUUUAAAGGAAGUUGAUGAUUCUAUUGUGAGAAUUCGUUCUGCCGUGUGGUACAUAAGAUCUUCUCCUUUGAGAUUUUCUAGAUUCAAAGCAUGUAUUGAGCAACAAAACAUUGAAUAUAAAGGUUUCUUUUGUCCAAAUUUUGAAACAAGAUGGGACUCGACAUAUUUAAUGUUAGAUGAUGCAUUGAAACAUCGUAAGACAUUUGAAAAUCUUGAGGUGAAAGAUCUUAAAUAUGUUGAUGAGUUAAAGAAGGAAAAAGGUGUCCCUACAAUUGAAGAUUGGGAAAUUCUACGCUCAAUCCUUCCUUUUUUGAAAUUGUUUUAUGACGCUAUUCUACGCAUCUCUAGUUCCUCUUGUGUGACUAGCAAUCUGUAUAUGUUUGAGGUCCUUGGUAUUGGAAUUGCAAUUAAGCAAAUGUGCAAUUCUGAAGAUAUACAUAUAAGUUUAAUGGCCAAAAACAUGAGAAAGAAAUACGAUAAGUUUUGGGGAAAUCCCCGUAGCCUAAACAUGUUGUUGCUGGCAGCUCUCGUAUUAGACCCUAGACACAAAGUGAAAUUUGUAAGUUGGUGUGCCGAUAAAAAUUAUAAUGGCGGGGAGGCAACUUAUUUGAUAGAUAAGUUAAAGUCUUCUUUGAAUUCCCUUUUUGAAGAGUAUAAUGGUGGAUCAGAGGUGUCUCACACUAACUCUAACGAAGGCGGUUAUAAUGAUCCAUAUGGCUUCAAUAAAUUUUACCAGUCAAGUGAGUUCAACAAAUCUGAAUCCGAGUUAAGUAAGUACUUAGACGAAGCUUUAGAGAGUUGUGGAGAUUUGGAUGUCCUAAACUGGUGGAAGGUAAACUCAAGCCGAUUUCCAAUCAUUGCAAACAUUGCAAGAGAGGUUUUGGCAAUACCUGUCUCCACCGUGACCUCUGAAUUUGCCUUUAGUCUCGGUGGAAGGGUGCUUGAUUCAUAUCGAAGUUCUCUACCGCCAAUAACAAUGGAAGCUCUUAUUUGCGUCCAAGAUUGGCUUACGGCAACUUCUUCACCUUUGCAUACAAAUGUGGAAUUUGAGAAUCUUAAAAAGAUUGAGCAAGAACUGAUUUCUUUACAUGAUGUUGCUGGUCUUGAUAAUGAUUGAUGGAGACGAAGCAUGUAAAGUGUAGACCCUAUUUAUAAUAGGACUGACAUGGUAGAAUUAACAACAUACGGAAAGGGAGAAAAGAAGCGAAUGAUAGAGAUAAUUGUUGGAGA